AUGGCGCAGCGCUAUCACCUGUUCUCUCUGCCAGACUCACUGUUAGAGGCGCUCACACCUCGAAAUCUGAUCAGUCAGACACCACCACCCGCACCCUCUCCCGAACCUGUCCUCCCCUCAUCAACUGGUAACGCGCGCGCUUGCAACAUUUGCCUCUCUGCUGCCUUUGAAGACGUUAACGCACAGCGAUCCCACUUUCGCUCCGACUGGCAUCGAUACAAUGUCAAGAUUCGUUUGAAUGGAGGAAACCCUGUAACCGAGGCUGCUUUUGAUGAGCUGGUGGAUGGGCUUGACGACUCUUUAUCCGGUUCCGCAUCCUCCGAUGACGAUUCGUCGGAGUCUGAUGCUGUCAAGGCUCUGGUGAACAAAAACAAGCGGAUAUCUAGGUCUCCCUCUCCAUCAGAGAAACCCAACGCUCCUCGAACCGCUAUUGUUUGGUUCCACACUCCCCCAGCAACUCAGAUUGGUGUAUACCGGCUACUAUUUCCUCAGGAUGCACCGGCAUCAUCGUACCUGUCGUCGCUGAAGGAGAUGCAAGCUCCCGUGGAAGGCGGAAGGAAGUGGGCCUUAUUCAUGACCGCGGGCGGCCACUUUGCCGGGGCCAUCGUGCGCGUCAGCCAUCCUUCUGGAGAGGAAGAGCCUGCGCCGUCAGCUAAAGCGAAAAAGAAACCUCCAAAGCCUAAGCCUGAAACCGAAAUACUGCUUCACAAAACAUUUCAUAGAUAUACUACGCGUAAAAAGCAGGGUGGAUCGCAGGGUCUGAAUGACAAUGCCAAGGGUGCGGCUAUUAGUGCUGGUGCCAUGCUUCGCCGAUAUGGCGAGCGAGCUCUUCGAGACGACAUCCGGGGUCUAAUAGAGGCAUGGGCCGACGAAAUCCACCAAUGUGAACGCAUAUGGAUCCGCGCGAGUGUUUCAAACCGGAGGAUUUUCCUGGAUUACGAAGGCUCUGUCAUUCAGAAAGGUGACGAUCGACUACGUACAUUUCCCUUCCCAACGAACAGGCCGGUAACUGCUGUUCACAUGUACCACUCGACGCAGUCAGAACUCUCUCGUUGCCUCAACGAACUUAUUCAAGUCAAAGUCUCGCACUUCACAGAAGAUGCCUUGCGCGCGCAAGACGAAGCGUACCUCGCCUCCCUCCCGAAACCGAAACCCCCUCCCUCUGUACCAAAGACUGCCGAGCCCGAAAAACCCAAGCAGCCGCGUCUCUCUAAGGAAGAGGAACAGUCGCGCGAGACAUGGCACCGUCUUUUCGAGAUGGUCACAAAAGGACGGCUCGAACCUCUUAAACUAUUCUGGGAUCGUGAGGGCGAGAUCCUUGGAGGCGUCAAUGCCGUGAUCCCGGACUGGACUGGCGAUCGAUGCACUUCCUUGCUUCAGGUCGCUGCUCAAGCUGAACAGGAAGCCGUCGUUCAAUGGCUCUUGUACGAUCUACACGCCGACCCAACGAUCCCUGUUUCCGGACACAUCCUCGACGCGGAGGAUGCCAAUGCAUCUGAUGUCUCUGAUACCCCCGCCACACAAACCUCUGGCCGAACUGCCUACGACCUCGCACACUCGAAAGCCGUUCGGAAUGUGUUUCGUCGGUGUGCUGCAGAACAUCCCGACUGGUGGGACUGGUUCGGAACAGCACAUGUGCCAAGUGCACUGACUAAGGAGAUGGAAGUUGACCGCGAUGACAAGAAGAAACAACGGCGGAAGGGACUUAAGGAUAAGAUAAGAGAGCGUGAAGCGAAGCAACGUGAGAAGUCAGACAAACGUGACUUGUCCGAAGUGAUGGUUGAGCCGGCAGAGGUGCCGCCACCAUCUUGUCCGGCCCGCACUCCGUCGGGCCCUCAGCGUCUUGGGGGUGCUUCGGCCACUACAGAGAGUACUUUGGGAUUGACACCAGAUGUACGAGCCCGGAUUGAAAGAGAGCGCCGUGCAAGAGCUGCAGAGGCUCGAUUGCGGUAG